CACAAACAAAUGUCCGCACAAAGUAUCCGACUGCAUAUGUAUGAGCGAGGGAAAUGGAUGUAUAAAGGUCGACAAAUCUUUGCCUAAAGAAAAGCAAGUAUCGCAAGCAAAAAGUAUCCUACAGCAAAAACAUAGAGCUUUGGCAGAUCUGUUCAAAAACCUGAACAAAAUCGGCCUCUCGUACAAAACUGGAAUUUUGGAAAGCAAGUUGAAGAAACCGUUAGACGACUUCCUCCAUAGGCCGAUCGAUCUCAACACAAACUUCAGCCAUAUAAACCAUGGACGACAGGAAGAAAAGAUGUUAACUAUAUGGAAUUGCUGCGAAAUGUACUACAUGAGAUCGCAAAUGAGAAUUGAUGUGUUGGAAACAGCUCUUCAAAAUCCUUCCAAAGAACUAGGCCCUCAAAACCUAGAAAGAUGUAAAGGAUUUAGCGCUCAUCUAUUAGCUCUAGCUCAACAUCAAAAGCAGCAACUGACACAAUCUAGCAGACUGUACUACUACUUACGGUACUAUUUAUUACAAAUGAAUGAAUUCUGUGAAGGAAAUGAUUUUUUACAUAUUGAAUUAACUAACAACAUAACGACAUUUAUGAAAAACGCGACGGUGAUCUUGAAUCAGUAUAAAAUCAUUCUAAACACUUGCCCUUCAGAAGACGAUUUCACUAGUAGUAGUAAGAUGGAAAUACCUGUAUUGAAGUUCGGUGGUAAAGAAGCGAUCUAUAAUAAAGAUAGCACCUGUUGGUCUGAAACUGUGGCACUGAUCAACGAAUUACUAGCAGUUUGCAGAAAAAUAAGCGGGAUCUUGCAAAAGUGCAAAAAGUCGGCACCAGCUGUGGAGUACGACUUGGUCGUACCCGAAUUCAUACCAGUGCCAGAUCUUUACGAGAUAUUGAAAAAUCUAGAUAGUAUUAAAGAUGGUAUUGGGCAUUUGAAAGAAAUCUUCGACAAUAACGCUACAACUAACAGUCUCACUUGGCUGCUAAAAGAAGUUAACAGAAUCCUAGAACAGUGUAAGGAAAGUAAAUCUUUGGACAUCAAUUUUGAAAAAUGUAAGAAACGUUCAGAGAAAUUGACCGAGGCAGUGCUUGUGGUCAUACAAAAUAUGUAUAAAAAGUAUUCUGCUGUGGAGAAAGUUGAAAAGAACAAAGAUACGGAAGAUGAACCAGUGGAGCUAAGAGAUGAAAAUUUGAAGAAGCUUUUGGUUGAAAAUCUCGUCUCGGAUAUAUCUAGUUUAGAAAUGAAAAAAAUUCUUACAAGGACCCAUAAACUAGCUAAAAUCGUGUUAUCUACUCCACCUCAAUAUACAGAACAAGUAAAGAAGGUCGCGAACCAGUCCCUACCUCUACUAGAACAACUUACUCAAUUUUACCAGUAUUUUAUAACACAACAAGUGGCUACAUACAGAGUUACUUGCAAGAUGAUGUCUAUAUUGCUAAACAUCUUCAUUGAACUUGCAUCGAAGGGUUUUUGCACACCACCAGAGCUUUCUGAUGAAAUGGACAAAGAAGGUGUGAGCAAGCCGUCUGAUGGAAUGGGAUUAGGAGAAGGUCAAGGAGAAAGAGAUGUUUCCGAUAAAAUAGAAUCAGAAGACCAGUUGGAAGAUGCUCAACCUGCUGGACAAGAGAAGACACAGGAAGAAGAUCAGGAAUGCAAAGAGGAAGAGAAAGGUAUAGAAAUGAGUGAGGAUUUCGAAGGCAAGAUGCAGGACGUGGAUAAAAAAGGAGAAGAAGAUGACAGUGAGAAGAGCUCUGAUGAUGACGAAGAUGCUGAUGAACAAAUGGGCGAAACAGAAAAAGGCGCUGAUCAACUGGAUCAGGAGAUUUGGGGAGAUGAUAAGGAAGAGGAAGAAGAUGAUCAAGAGUCCCAAGAGGAGGAAAAGGGUGAUAAGGGCGAGAAAGAAGGUGAAAGUCAGCUAGGUGCUAAAGAACAAAAUCCAUCAAAAGACCAACAAGAAAAAGACGAUGACGAAAGCCCCGAAGCAAAAGAGAAGAGUAAGAAAGACAUAAAUGAAAUGGAAGAACCAGAGUUGGAUGAUGAUCAAGUGGAUCCACACCAUGGUAACCAAAAGGAAUUACCGGAGCCUGAACCAAUGGAUCUUCCAGAUGAUCUUCAGUUGGACGAGGGUCAGCAAGAUGAUAAACAGGAAGAACAGGAGGACAACCCGUUUGAUGUGGAUGCAAUGAAAGAACAAAACAUGCCUGAAGAACAAAAAGAAGAUGAUGCUGACAAACCUGACGAGGAAUUAAAAGACAAAAAUGAUGAAGCUGAAGAGUUUAGCAGUGACGAUGAAGAUAUCAAGAAAGGUGAUCAAGAUACCGAGGAAAUGGAGCAAACAGAAGAAAGUGAGAAGAAAGAUAGUGAAGACAAAGGAAACCAGGAAGCAGAUAACGCAGAAAAAGAUGAUGAAACAGAAAAUACCGAUGAUACAGCUUUGGAUCAAACACAGAGCCAUCAGGAUAAUGUUGAAGCUAUGGAAACAGACGAAGCUAAUGCAGCUGAUAAGACUGAGGCAACACAGUCCGAUGUGCAACAACCAAAUACAGCCACAGAUGUCCAACAAGAAGAUAAACCAGAUAAAGAUGGAGCAGGUCAGGCUCAGAUGGAAGAAAGCACCACAGGUCAUUCCGCUUCUACCAGCGCUCCCCAAGAAACGAAGUCGUCAAAGAGAGAAGCUGAAGAAGAUACUAAACAAAAGCCAGGAGAUUCCGAUUCUCAAAGGACUCUUGGUGAUGUUGAUCAACCAGUCAGGAAAAAAUUGAAGACGGUUGAAUCUAAAAAUAGCAAAGAGCAAGAGCCGAAGGACGUUGAAGAUGAUGCGGAACAGACCGCUGAAAUGUAUGAGCAUAUCAAAGAGGGACAGGAAUCCGAAAUUCAGAUUCUGGAUAUCGCUACAAAGGAGCAAGCAGAAUCUCAGAAGAAAGAAGCUCAACAUAAAGAUGACGAGGCGGAAGAAGAAGAGGUUGUAGAAUCAUCUGAGCAGAUUCCUGAGGAACAAGUAGAGGAAAUGGAAAUAAGUGAUGUUCCUAAAGAAUAUGCUGACAAAGUCGAGGAAGCAAAGGAGAAACAGGGCAAGAAAGGACAGCAUCCAGAAGGCGACGUUCUGGAAGAAACUAAAGAAAUCCAGGUAGAAGGCGAAGUAGUUCAAACGUCCACAGUCCCUCGACCUACGGAAACUACCCACCACACCUCCUUCGCAGACAUAUCCGCCACCACUGCUUCCAGGUUGACCAUGGCGGAGAUGGCGGCCGUCCGGGGAGAAGUUGAACAACAGCUGGCAGCUUGGAGUGAUCCUCCAAGCUGUGCGGAAGCUGAACGAGCUUGGCAGAAAAUAUCAUCGGUCACUGGAGGCCUGGCACAGGAACUGUCUGAACAGUUGAGACUGGUGCUAGAACCCACUUUGGCCAGCAGGUUGAAGGGUGAUUUCAGGACGGGCAGGAGGAUCAACAUGAGGAAGGUGAUACCGUACAUCGCUUCCCAAUUCAGAAAAGACAAGAUUUGGCUCAGAAGAACGAAACCAUCCAAAAGGGACUACCAGAUCGUGAUAGCCAUUGAUGACUCUUCCAGUAUGGCGGACAACCACUCUAGGGAAUUAGCUUUUGAAAGUGUUGCACUUAUUUCGAAAGCACUCACGCUGCUUGAGAGUGGACAACUUUCUGUUGUCAGUUUUGGUGAAAGAGUAGAGGUGAUCCACAAACUGACGGAACAGUUUACUGAUCGCAGUGGUACAAAGCUACUACAGAAAUUCAGGUUCGACGAGACAAAAACCAAUGUGGGGAAGCUAGUGGAUUUCGUCACAGAGAUGUUUAACCAAUCGCAGAAGCAGACCGCAGCUGUCAACGCGAAGCUCCUAGUGAUUGUUAGUGAUGGCAGGGGUGUGUUUUCAGAAGGCGAGACUUACGUCCGACAAGCUGUGAGAAGAGCCAAGUUGGCCGACAUAUUUACGGUGUUCGUCAUUGUUGACAAUCCGGAGAACAAAAGCUCUGUAUUGGAUAUAAGGAUGCCGUUGUUUAAAGAUGGAAAGUUAUUGGGAAUAUUAAGCUAUAUGGACUUCUUCCCUUUCUCCUUUUAUAUUAUCUUGAGGGAUAUUAAUUCCUUGCCAAAUGUGUUAAGUGAUGCACUUAGGCAGUGGUUUGAAAUUGUGUCAAAUGUAGAUAAGUGAAUGAUUGUACCGAUAAGGUCGUAAUUAAUAAAGUAUACUAUUAUUCUAA